AUGGCCGCCAGGGUGGUUCCCGCCCAGCUGGCCUUCCUUGCUAUCUUCAGCCCCGCGCUGGCCGCCAACGACGACGCUUUUCGCGACCAGCUGGUCUUCUACCACUCCAACAAAACCACCCGCCGCCAUGAUGACGAGGGCGACGAGAACGAGCGCCUGCGCCAAAUUGGCCUGGCUCAGGGCAUGGUUGAUUUCGCCAGGAGCUUCUCCGAUGGCGAACCCGUAGACCACGUCGACACCGAGAAGUCGCGCAUCGUCAUGCAUGAGCUCGAAAAGGACUGGUGGAUCCUGGCUUCAAUCGACCUGACGCGGCUCCCUGCCGCCCCGAGCUCCUCCACCGACCAGCCGGCAAUCGAGUAUUCGGCUCGCGAAGUCGCUCCUCCUGAGCUCCUUUUGCGCCAGCUGCUGCGAGCUCACUCCAUAUUUCGCCUGCAUCAUGGUCCAUCUCUUGCCGAUCUAUACGUCCGAUUGCCCCGCCAGAAAUUCUGCGGCACGCUCGAGCGAUUCUGGUCGCGUUUUUCGAAGGACUGGGAUGUCUUGCUGCACGGAAAUCCAGCUUCUGACAUCUAUCCUGCCAUGAAACUUGCUGCUGGUGGAGAACUGGGCAUGGGCGUGGGCGAGGAAGAAUGGGGAAGUGGCGAGAGAGAGGUGUUUGAGGACUUCACUAACAGGACCGAGGGCAUGGUAGACAUGGUCGUCUGUCGCUUCGGCGAACCGCACCCUGCCAAUCGUCACAAUCAAUCACUCGUGCCUGCCGAUGACGAGGAACCCUGGAUGGGUGCUGGUCGAAACCCAGAGCCAGCUGACGGUGUCAUUUUCUCCGGCGUGGGCGUAGUAUCUCGCUCCUCGCUAUGCGCCAUCUCCAAUUGGAUGCAAUGGCUGUAUACAUAUGGUGACCAUGCCUAUGGUGUCAAGGAAAAUCCGCACUCAGAUCGCCGAAAACGAAGGCGUCGCGACCGCAUGAGCAAGCCAACCAAUCGAUUGGAGCCACACAGGCGAAAUGCUUCCCAGAAAAGCAUUAAAGGGGCCCCUUCGAGAACUUCCACCUCCCUGCCCCCUGGAAUCCCGCGCCCCAUCGUCACAGCCGUAGAGCAAUCCCUUGAUCAAGCUUCCAACGCCGCAGACGCCAACCAAGAACAGGAGCGGGCUGCAGAUGAGCAAGAGAGGUCCGAUGGUGAUACUUGGAUGAAGUACUUGACGUGGGGUUACAGCACUGCCUGGGGCGGGACGCGCCCUAAGCCCGAGCAGCGCCUAUCAGGGCAGAGCAUCAAAGGUCACGCCGAAGAGAAUCAGGAGAAGAAAGAUCAGACAGCAAUGCGUCACAUAGAUCCUCAGCCUGACGUUGGCCAUGCUGAAGAAGCGGCAAAGGCUCAGAUCAGACGAGAAAACCUCGGGCACUUCCUGAUCGGCCUUCAGGGGGAUCUUGAAGAGGUCAUCAUGAACGAUGAUAACGAAGCAGUCGCUGAAGAUGACGGCGAUCCCGAUACCGGUUGGGAGAGCCGCACGCUACUACGGACUUUGCACGUCAAGCUUCAUAAGCAGCAAGAGCAGCAAGAUGAUGAGCGGUCAUCAGAGGAUACAAUAUUGCAGCCACAACCUCAACACGAAAGGCUACGUAUUGUGAUCUACGUUGUGAGUUAA